AAAACGGGCUCAGCUGUCGUCCAGAAAAGACGUGAUUUUGGUUCUUGAAGAUCUCGUGAGAAAAUUCCACUCUUGACCUGUGACAUAAAUUUUUUCAGUGUUUUGUCGCGAAAAUUGUGCUUUUAGCUUUUGUGAAAUAACAAAAGGAGAAUUUUCAAGUGGCUCAGGAGUUUGUCAAUUGGAUUUUCUUAACAAUUGAAUUUUAACUUCUCUUUUCUGGAAAUUUGAGGCAUUGGAUCAGCUAUUAAAAUAUAAUAUUAUAGGGAUUCACAAAAACCACACAAUUGAGAAUGGAUCCAUCUAAGAGAGUUCAUAUUGAAAAAGCGCACAAUUUUAUGCGACAAUACCGUGAUCCAGAAUCCCGGGAACUUAGAAAGUUGUCUGCUAAUCAAUUUAUGGAAGUUUGGAGUCACUAUGACAAAGAUGCCAACGGAUAUAUCGAGGGAACUGAACUUGAUGGUUUCUUGAGGGAAUUUGUAUCCAGUGCCAAUGCUACAGACGUCAGUCCAGAGACUCUUACAGAUGCCACACUCGAUGAGCUGAAAUCUUGCUUCAUGGAGGCUUAUGAUGAUAACCAGGAUGGAAAAAUUGACAUCAGAGAAUUGGCACAACUUCUUCCCAUGGAGGAAACCUUCUUGCUUCUUUUCCGUUUUCAUAAUCCCCUCGAAUCUAGUGUGGAGUUCAUGAAGAUUUGGCGUGAAUACGAUACAGACAAUAGUGGAUACAUUGAGGCUGACGAAUUGAAGAAUUUUUUACGAGAUCUUCUGAAGGAAGCUAAGAAAAUCAAUGACGUCUCCGAAGAUAAAUUAAUUGAAUACACUGACACUAUGCUUCAAGUGUUUGACGCCAACAAAGAUGGUCGAUUGCAGUUGUCGGAGAUGGCAAAAUUGCUUCCAGUGAAGGAGAAUUUCCUGUGUCGUCAAGUAUUCAAGGAAGGCAUUGAAGGUGCCACAAAACUCACCAAGGAAGACAUUGAAAAGGUGUUCUCGCUCUAUGAUAGGGACAAUAAUGGAACAAUUGAAAAUGAAGAACUCAGAGGUUUCUUAAAGGAUCUUCUAGAACUCGUUAAGAAGGACUAUGAUGCUCAAGAUUUGAUUGAGUUCGAAGAAACUAUCCUGCAGGGAGUGGGCUAUGACAAAGAUGGAAAGGUUUCCCGUAAGGAAUUAACAAUGAUCCUACUGGCACUAGCAAAGAUGCCACCAGAUGAUGAACAAUAGACGAUAUCAUCAGGAAUAUAACUCAAUUAAUAAAUAGUAAGAUGAAGAAUAAAUGCUUAAAAUUGGAGCGCAGCUGAGAGUGAAGCAUGGAAUAGCAGUAGAUACGAUAAGGGCAUUUGCAGACGACAACGAUUUCUAACAGUGCUGUAUAACACUUAUUCGAGACACCUUGAGCGAGGUUUCUUUGCUAAAUCAGCGCUGAAUUGUGGGUGUCUUGGAUGAACGAAAAAUUGAUAUUCCACAAAGGGAUAUUACAAUAGUUUUGUAUUUUUGGAGGGAAAAUCAAUUUUCCUCUUUGAAAUAAAUUGGCGCGCACACAUAAAGAUAUGAAAGCACAAAAUCAGUGCUUGGCAGUUAAAAAUUGCUUUAAAAUGUUCAAUGAUGUUACAUGACACUCUUUAGCCUUUGAUCUUUUUAAUCUCUUGAGUGCAAUUGCAAUAAAAGACUUGAUAAUAUAAUAAAUGCACGAAUUACUAUGUGAAUAUUCACAAAAGAAACUUUAGAAAUCUUACCAUUUAUGAUAAAAAAGAAUUAAAUUUUUGCUACAAACUUUUCCGUUGAAAUAUCUUUUGUUGUCUGUACAGAGGGAUAUUGAAAAAAUUGCGGAGGGAAAUUAAGCACAAAGUUGGACACAUAUCACGAUUAUUUAAUUUGCAUAUUCUUUAAUUCCAUGCACCUAUUCCUUUGAGGACUAUUUUAUAAAUUUCACUGUAAAGAAACUUUUCUUUGAUCUGACUAUCCCGUAAAAUUAUCUAGUGUUAACGUGAUAUCAUACUUUCCCUAAGAAAAAAAAAAGGAAAUCAUGCAAAUCAUAUAAAGAAAAACUAUUUUUUCACCCUUUACUAAUGGUUUAAAAAAUCCUAAAUAACAUUUGUCUCUGUGAAAUGGCAUAUUGAUGGCAAAUGAUAUGAAUUGUACCUAUUUUAAUUGUGAUUGAGAGUGAUAUAAAUUCACGAAAAGAAAGAAUAUUUGAUAAUCUAUUAUGUGAAACUUUCAAAAAACGAAAAGAAAACACUUAAUGUUUCAAAAAAAAACUAUAUAUCUAUAUAUAUUUACAUACAAAAAUUCUAUUAUGCUCUUCAUAAUUAACGAAUUUUUCAGAGUUUGUUGUUUCAUAUUUAUCUAAAAGAAUAUUGUGAAAGAAGUGUUUCCCAUAAUAAAUGAAAAAACAAUCAACCGUUCCAUUGAGAUACAAUAAUAAUAAUAAAAAAAGUGAAAUAUUGAAAGAAAUA